CUAGUUAAAAAUAUGUAUAUGCAUUAGCAAAGAUCGUGUAUCGCUUGUACGUCAAUGUUGCAGAUCUGCACUAAUUGGGAAAGAUCAUUUUUGUUGAUGCAAUAAGUGUAAUACCCAUGGCAGUUCCUAAGAUAGAGAACUUUUAAGCACCAUUACCUAUUUAACUUUAAAUGCAACUAUUCUGCUACUGUUAAAGCAUGUACUUACUUUCGUUUACUGUACCAUCGUUAAAAAGGCAUUAUUUUUUUCAUGUGGCGAUUCGUUUGGCGACAGAAUGGGGGUUACACUCCGUUGCACAUCGCGAAACAGUUUCGCCACGAAAACGUGUAUAAUCUCCUGAUUGAAGUCUACGACGCUGAUCCAAACGUCCGAGACUGGUCUGGGAGGAAGCCCAAGCAAUAUUCUGGUCACAUGGACACUUCUUUGUCGCCAGGAUCGUAUCGUAAGAAGGAGAGUUUCCUCCGCAUCGGUUCCCUGAACGUCCGCGUGAAGAAGACCACGGAAGCCUUCAGCAACUUCCUCGGAGUGGGCACUACAAGGUUCUCCGCCUACAUUCCCAAAGGAGACCGCGAGGAUCGGCGAUCUGAUGACGGCGAAAUGAUCAAGACUUGGGGAUCCGCGGAUAAUAUACAAAAGGAUGACAAGUUGAUGCCUCCGCCAAUGAGCAGCAAGGUGCGGCGAAGGGCAGCCAAUGGCAGGAGAGGCUUAGCUUCACACAGCCGUAGCACACCUUCCACUCCUGAUCAGCCUCGAGCUCAAAUAGGAGGCAGCGAGGAAGGAGACUCGGACUCAGACUCGGCAGCAGGCUUCCACGCGGCCUGGAGGCAGCAACGUGCUUCCAACAUCACUUAACGUGCGAACCUAUCUUCUUUGUGUGGGUUAAAUGUCAACUACCCACGAAAAUCCCAGUCAUUGGAGUAUUAUCAACCAUGGGAAAUAACAUAAGCCUAAAU